AGAAAUCUGAGUGUCCAAGUCAUGUUGGGCUUGUAGCAGCGAUGAAACAGCGUAUCGGAGCCAUGUUCAGCCGCGUGCCCGGUAGCGUACCAGCUCUAGGCGCAGGUGCUGCUAUCGGUGGCUUUGUGCUAGACGCUUGGAAGCGCCGGCAAGAAGAACAAGAUCGCGCUCGUAUGGUUACUCGCGUGAUCCACAGUUCCUUCCACGCUUUCCAGCCCAAAGUGGAAAUCCCGCGCGAGCAGGUCCAGGUCACCAUGAAGCGCCUGCUGGAUCUGGAUGACCGCUCCCCCGUGCUGAUCUGGGGCAGCCACCUGGCCGGUAAGAGCUUUGCCCUCUUCAAGGCUUUCGAACAGGCAGGCUUUCGCGAGGGCGUCGUCCACGUCAAGCUCGCCGACGACAAGGACGUUGCGCGAGAACUGCUUUGCAAGCAGCUUGGUGCCCCCGGCCACGUUGAGGCCGAGGAGGCCCUGAGGCAGGCGGCAAAGACGCUGAGCCGCCUGCCCAUCAUUGUCCUGGAGAUCCCCCGGGAGGUCAGCGACAUGGCAGUUGUACGCAGUUGUUCUGGCUUCGCCAAGACAUGGGGCUACGACGCCGAAUUGGCGAAAGUCAUCGUGUUGGCGAGCAGCGCCUCCAUGGCCCUGAGCUUUGAUGCGGACGCCCGGGAAGUUCGGUUCCAGAUCCAACCGCUGAGCGAGGAAGAGUGCCAGCAGGAGGAGGUCCAGACGUUCCUCAAGCACCACGGUGGAGCCGUCGCCGUCGAGCACAAGUCGGAACUCCUCCACCUCUCCGGCGGCAACGUGGGCAAGUUGGAGGACCUGGCGCAGGCCUUGCGGACCAAGACCUUCGAGGAGGUCCGGCUCGAAACCAUCAGCGCGCAGGACGGGGUUGACUUGAGCCUUUUUGUUUUGCGCCUUUUUGUUUUGCGCAGUCAGGAGGAGGAGAUCCUGCGCUUCUUCGGCAUCGAUGCGCAGGGCGGCUUCGGCCCAGAAAAGGUCCUGGCUGCCAAGGAGGUGGCCCGCCGCGUGGCGGACGCCCCCUUUGAGCAGUGCGUAAGGUCCGUGGACUUCGCUGACCGUUUCACCAGCAAGGAUCUGGCACAGGCGGUGAAGGCACGAGGUGCCCACUGCAUCUAUGUCAAGGCCACCACUAAGGCGGAUGAGCGGUUUUGUGCAGCGUCGCCAUCCGUGCACGCUCUCCUCAAGCAGAAGACCAGGUGGUUGGGAAUCUUCUGAUGCAAUUGAAAUCGACAGGAAGCCUUAAGAAGCUCAUUCCACCACAGGGCGGACGUGCAGCCUGCCAACAGCGCAGGGCCAGGAUUUUGAUGACUGAAAGUUGAGACAUCCUAGAGAGCAUUAGAGUUUGAGCGAGAAAAUGCAGAUCUCGGCACUGGACUCAGUUUUGAUGACACAUCGUUGACACAGCCUAGGGAGCAUCAGAGUUUGAGUGAAAAGAGGGGCAAGCUGCCAGUCCAUGUUGACUUACUCUGCGCAGGCGGCGGCAGUGCAGAUCUCAGGUUCCUGUUCAAAGUGCAGACCUCUGAGUGCAAGUGCCCGGUGAGAGUUGUGGCUAAGGCA